AGAGAGAGGAGGCAAGGGAGAAUGUCAAUCAACGGGAGAGAAGACAGAGUGACAGAAAUUGAUCUUUCAGUAAGCAUGUAUGAAGACGUAGAAGGGGAAGAAGCAGAUGGAGGAGGAGGAAUAGCGGAAGAAGAGAGAGAGGAAGAAGAUGGGACAAAAGAAAGAAAAGAAAUUGAGGAGGCGGAAGAGAAAGAGCAAUUAGAAGAAGAAGGCGCAUCAAGGAGACAAAGCUCAAGGGAGGAUGAGUUGUCUGCCUUAAAAAGCGAGAUGGGGAGGAUGAAGGAAGAAAACAAGGUGCUGAGAAUGGUGGUGGAGCAAACCAUGAAGGACUAUUAUGAUCUCCAAAUGAAGUACCAAAAGCACCAAGUUGGCACCAUCUGUCCAACACCACAAGACAGUCAAUUAUCACAGGAUCAAAUAUCUCUCUCUCUGGGAGCAAACUCCGCCACCCAUGUGAACGAUGCACAGGAUCGCAGGGUGCAGAACUCUCCACCAGCAGAAGUCAAGGAAGCAAAGGAUUUGGAGCCAUUGGUGGAAGAAUCCAAGGAGUUGGGGCUCUCACUGAAGAUUCAUACAGGCAGCAGCGCCCCAGCUGGAUGGCCCUUGUUUUCCGAGAAGAGAAAGGACGAAGAGAGCGAUCCAAACGUAUGGAGUCCGUGCUCCAAGUUGCAGAAGACCGCUGAGCCUCUUGCGAUACACAACCAAAUUUCUUCGCCUCAGUCAAGGAAAGCUAGGGUUUCAGUCAGAGCAAGAUGCCAAGGAGCCACUAUGAAUGACGGUUGUCAAUGGAGGAAGUAUGGGCAAAAGAUAGCUAAAGGUAACCCAUGCCCUCGGGCAUAUUAUCGUUGCACGGUUGCACCAGGCUGCCCUGUUCGGAAACAGGUACAAAGAUGCCUAGAGGACAUGUCUAUUCUGAUAACAACAUAUGAAGGAACUCACAACCAUCCCCUCCCAGUGGGUGCAACGGCCAUGGCCUCAACAACUGCAGCUGCAACCUUCAUGCUCCUCUCUGAAAUGAACCCUACAAGUCAAAUCCCACAAGAUCCAAACAAUUUCUCCUACAACCCUUAUGUCAAUUCAGUUGUUGAUAGCAGUGCCAGUACUGAGAACGCUAUUAACCCUUCAACUAAAGGGAUAGUCCUAGACCUCACGAAGAACCCUAUGCCUUCUCAAUCGUCACCAUCAUUAUCGUCUUCAAUAGUUCCUUCUUCUUCAUUCACGUUCGGCAACUCUAGGUUAGCCAGUAGGCCUGGUGGUGUUACAGUUGGGUACCCAACAGGGAUUAGAUAUGAUCCGAGUUCAAUGAACACUCCAUUGUUGGGAAGGUUGGUGAAUGAACAUGUUGGGAAGAAUUGGGUGGGGGAUUGCUCUGUGGCUGAGAAUGUCAGUGCCAUAACUUCAGACCCCAAGUUCACUGUGGCCAUUGCUGCUGCUCUCAGCUCCUUCAUGAACCCUAUAGCAGGCCAACUCCAGAGCGCAAGUUCAAGCAACCAAGCAGAUGUUGAUGCUUCAGCGGGGAAGGGAUGGGUGGGCGAGCAGUUUCCUGCAACCUCUUCAAGACAUUCCCACCAUUUGUAG